CUCCUUAACCAGGAAAGCGUGCUUCUGGUUAGACAAGCUCCAUCUCCUGCCUGCACCCGGAGUCUGGCUUUUGGGCUGUGGGUAGACUUUGCUUGACGCAGCCCGUAUCUGUCACACUGCAGUACUAUCCCGUGUUCGUGGUGCAGGCUCACCCUGCUCUUAUCCCUCCCCUGAGGCAACGAGCACCUCAGCAUCUAGCCGGCUGGGGAAGCCCUGAUGCUGGAAUAACAGCUGCUGCCACGCUGCAAAGAGCGUUCAGGGCCUUGUGUGGCCCCAGCGUCUGCCUGGGAGGCUGGCUCUCAGUACUGAGCUCAAUGCCUUGCAGUGCUUCCCAGCGUGGCUGCCGUCUGCCGAGCCCCUUCACACCAAGCCUGCCUGUGGCCCAGGAUGGUGAUGCGGCUGUUGCUGGGAUGCUGCAUCAGUUCUCUGCCUUCCUGCUGACAGGAAGCAACAACUUUAUAUGGCUCAUGUCUGACAACAUGCACCACCAGUGGCUGCUUCUAGCUGCAUGCUUUUGGGUGAUAUUCAUGUUCAUGGUUGCCAGCAAGUUUAUCACGUUGACUUUUAAAGAUCCAGAUGGCUAUGGUGCCAAACAAGAGCCAUUAAUACUGACAGCUGUGACAAAAGUGGAGGAGGCACGUGUGCCAGAGGAAAAACAUUGGACUAAAGAAUUCCAGCCAACUGGAAAAGCUUUUACUGGAAAUCUGCUACACCAUCCCUUGGUUCAUAUGGAAAGACUUGAGCUUCUCCGGAAUGUCUGCAGAGACACUGCAUUGAGAAAUCUCUCUCACACUGCAGUUUCCAAAUUCGUCUUGGACCGAAUAUUUGUGUGUGACAAGCACAAGAUCCUGUUUUGUCAGACACCAAAAGUGGGCAACACUCAGUGGAAAAAAGUCUUGAUCGUUUUAAAUGGAGCAUAUUCUUCCAUAGACGAGAUCCCCGAAAGCAUUGUACAUGAUCAUGAGAAAAAUGGCCUUCCACGUCUGUCCUCCUUCAGUGACUCUGAAAUUAAAAAGCGACUGAAUUUAUACUUCAAGUUUUUUAUUGUUAGAGAUCCAUUUGAAAGACUUAUUUCUGCAUUUAAAGACAAAUUUGUGCACAAUCCUCGCUUUGAGCCUUGGUACCGACACGAAAUUGCUCCCAGCAUCAUUCGUAAGUACAGAAGGAAUCGCAUGGAGACCAAAGGGCUGCAGUUUGAGGAUUUUGUGCGCUAUCUGGGUGACCCCAAUCACCGAUGGCUGGAUGUCCAGUUUGGUGAUCACAUUAUUCACUGGGUAACCUAUGUGGAACUUUGUGCCCCCUGUGAAAUCACGUACAGUGUGAUUGGACACCAUGAAACCCUGGAGGACGAUGCUCCCUACAUUUUGAAAGCAGCCGGCAUAGACCAUCUGGUAUCAUACCCCACGAUUCCACCAGGCAUAACAGUGUACAACAAAACAAAAGUAGAGAGGUAUUUUUCAGGAAUCAGCAAGAGAGACAUAAGACGCCUCUAUGCUCGGUUUGAAGGCGAUUUUAAACUCUUUGGGUAUCGGGAGCCAGAUUUCUUGCUUAAGUGACACUUGGGAUAAGCUGUGGAGAAGUGUCUUAAUUGAAACCUGCGUGAAUACCAGCUGCAACACUGACAGAGAUGAGAAUGACCUUUUGUUUUCUGGCUUUUUGAUGUUGCUCCGUUCUUCCAUGAAACGUGUCAUAUGAAGAGUUAGGGGCUUAUAGUUGUUGCUUACUGACCGUAUUUUCGAUAAGUGACACUGCAAUCUGUUAGGAAUGAAGUCAGUUAUCUAAAACACAGGAUUCCACUUCUCUCUCUUUCUUGCAGGGGAAAAAAAAAAAAAAAAAAGGAAAAACAAAUGGGUGAUAGUCUUCCUCCUCCUUCUCCCAGGCAGAAUGCAAUUUAAAAAUGUUGUGAAGUAUUUAUAAAGAUGGCAAUUUCACUGCAGGUUAAUGCUGACAUGUUUGUGAGCUCGGUGAUUCAUGCUCAUGAGAAGGGCAUGCAGUCUCCCAUGAGCUUUGAAAAUUAGAGGCCAGUACCGGACUGAAGACUGAUUGAAUGCUUUACAAGUAAAAUCAUCUAGUUUCUGUCAUGUGGCUGCUAUAAUAAUAGAAAUGCUGAUCUAAUCCCAUUUUUGUUUGUCACAAAAUGAACCUAAUUAGACAGAAGCUUUAGAACUGUUCAAAAAGGGGCUGGUUCUAAAGCCCAGUUAUCUUUGUACUUUUGUCAAGUGUUUACUGUACUUACUACUGGUCUAUUGAGCGUCAUCAUUCUACCUUUGAUUUUCAAGGUAUUAUUUAACUCCUGGCUAUGUAAGUUAUCUGAGAACACCAGAAUCAAAUGGAGCAUAGAAGAAAUAUAAAACCAUUAGGGGAACUUUAAGGAAAAUUAAUUUAAAAUAAAGAAUUAGUUGUAUUUGUGGGAGCACAUACAGAAAUCAGAUGCCACACGUUUUGUUUUGUCUUCUAACAGUCAAGAUUAAUAAAGAAGCCACAAAAGCAGGUUGACCUAUGGAAGAGCUUCUAAAGUUACUUGGAUUAAUGGUCUUCCUUUUUCUUAUAUCUUUGCUCAGUGUUCAGUACCUUGCAGAACAGAACGUUUGUUUCCCUCUGAAAAUCUAUUCCCUUACUGCUGAAGUAGGCAGUAUUUGGAUCCUUCUGUUUUCAUUCACUGCUAUGGUGCCCUGAGUUUUAAAAGGCCAACGUUUUUGUUACCAACAGGUGAGGUGGCAGCUUGCCAGGAGUGUGAAUUUCACUUACAUUUCUAUACACGUUUUGUGUGUAAAAAAAAAAAAAAA